AUGGACGUCAAAGCAAUGGAGGAACCAGAAGAUGUCACAGCACCACCAAUUGACAGUGAUGAAGAGAAGACUGAUGAGGCGGACUUUGGGGAUCCCGAUCCUCGUUACGAUUCUUCAGAUGACGAGCCAGUGAGAGGUGACAUCGGCAGGUCUGACUUCAAGCCAAAUUCGGCCUCACAAAAGCCCAGUAUAGCUCCUCGAGGCGGAACAACUCUUGAUGCUCGGGACAAUGAUGGCCCCAAGCGCCACUCAGCGCGUCCAGACAGGAAAAGAGCUAAAGAGAUUGCCGAAGACCCGGACGCGGACGAGAAUGGUGUGUCGUCUGCUAAGAAAAGGGCGAAGACUAGCGAUUCAUCUGUUCCAUCGUCUCUCGGCAGCCACAUGGGCGAUGGGUUUCUCGUGGAUGGGAAGGUCAAGCGAGCGAAGCCAGGUUAUGGGAGGAAGGCAGCCAAGGCAGCAAAGACCAGCAUCUCCCGCGAAUCAACGCCAAACCGAAAAUUUGAACGCGUGAAGAGCAUGUCGGAAUCUGUGAGCCCACAGGUGACAAGGACCUUCAAUAUAUUGAGCCCAGGAUCCGAGGCUUCAUCUCCAUUUAGAAAGCCGAGAGCCCUGAAGGCGUCGGCAGCUUCCAAAAAAGGACGGCCCCCAAGCCUUUCCGAUACUGACUCUGAUGAUGUAUUAUCGGACCCGCCUCGACCAGACACGGGGUUGGGAAAGCCACAAAAGUCGAAGCAAAAUCCAAAACAGCAACGGAAGAAGGAUACCAGGCGCUUUCCUGAAAAGGCCGCGAAGCACAAGCCCCAGGAGCUCUCUGCGGACGAGGAAGUAUCACAGCAGCCAGAAUUCAGAAUGCCUGAGGGCUACAAUGAUUUUGCUUCAGCGAUUGACCGGGCAGGCAUUGACAUGCCCCUCUACGAGGACACAGCGACGGACGACAGAAACGCAAACCUGGGCCCAGACCAGGCACCGUGCCCCAUGUGCGAUGAACCAGUCGACAAGGAGUUGCUCGAGGAGUUUUCCAAGGGCCAGCGCAUGAGCAUCGCGCGGCAGGCCAAGUUCUGCCAUCAGCACAAGAGGCGGGCCGCCGAGGAGCUGUGGGAGACCAAGGGAUACCCGAAGAUUGACUGGAAGGGCCUGGAGGCGCGCAUCGCGGAGCACCACUCUCACCUCGAAUCUGUCAUCAACGGCGCCUCGUCGCACUUUGGCAAGCAGCUCGGCGACAAGAUCAAGGCAGGCAAGAACCGCACCCUCUUCACGACGGACGAGUACCCGGUACCGGGGUAUUACGGCCUGAGGGGGAUGAGCAUCAUGACGGAGAGCAUCAUCGACGCCUUCUCGUCGCUUCUGCGCGCGAGGGCGCCCAUCGACAAGCUCAUCUCUGCGCGCGGGUACACGGGCUUCGUGCAGUCCGUGCUGGUGCCGGAGCUCGGCGCGAGGUUGAUCAAGGAGGACAUGGGGCUCGCGACUGACGGCGAGGCGCGAGCAGUGAUGCACGAGAGCAGGGACGUCGGGGUCAAGCUCAACGACGAGAAGGGCGAGCGGCCACGCGUGGUUGCCCAGGCCUACACCCAGGAGCAGGCCGGGUCUGGCAGCGAGAAGAACGGGGACGAUGCCUCGGGAAUCAGUCACAACGGUGUUGGCACGGACAGCGCGAGUGAUGACGAUGAUGAGGUAGACCUCAGGAUCCAGCGAGUCGACGACAGUGAUGCCGAUGAGUCUAGUCUUCCAUCGCUGGGUGGUCACGGGCCCAAGGCCAAUAGGAAGGCAAGGCACGGCGGCGGCGACUCAGACCCGCGCAGGCUGCUCUCGUUGGGCCAGAAGGAGGAGCCCAUAGCGCCGGGGAGGGACGUGGUUGACGACAGCGACUCUGACUUGUCAAGCCUCGUAUCGCUGGAUAAACUCUGA